AUGUCCAACACAGACUUCCUCUCCCGCGCCAUCGAGCAGGUGCGAAAGGCGAUCGAGGCCGACAAUGCUGCCCAGUACGACAAGGCCUACCAGAUGUACUACCAGUCACUCGAGCUCUUCAUGCUGGCCUUGAAAUGGGAGAAGAACCCAAAGUCCAAGGAGAUGAUCCGCCAGAAGACGGGCGAGUACAUGGACCGCGCUGAGAAGCUGAAAGCUCACCUGUCCGACUCAGACGCCAAGCGCAAAAAGCCAGGCAUGCUGGGCGCUAACGGCUCCAGCACCGGCGGCACAGGCAAGGGCAAAGGAGGCGAUGGCGACGGCGAUGGGGGCGGCGCUAUCGAUGAGGACUCCAAGAAGCUGAGGAGCGCCCUGGCCGGCGCCAUCUUGCAAGAUCGGCCCAACGUCAAGUGGGAGGACGUCGCAGGUCUCGAAGGGGCGAAAGAGGCCCUGAAGGAGGCCGUCCUGCUUCCCAUCAAGUUCCCCCAGAUGUUCCAGGGCAACAGGAAGCCGUGGAAGGGUAUCCUGCUGUAUGGGCCGCCGGGUACGGGAAAGAGUUAUCUGGCCAAGGCGCUGGCGACCGAGGCCAAGAGCACGUUCUUCAGCGUGAGCAGCUCCGACCUGGUGAGCAAGUGGAUGGGCGAGUCGGAAAGGCUCGUCAAGCAGCUCUUCAACAUGGCCCGCGAGAACAAACCCUCCAUCAUCUUCAUCGACGAGGUCGACGCCCUGUGCGGGCCCCGAGGCGAGGGUGAAUCCGAGGCCUCGCGCCGUAUAAAAACCGAAAUGCUGGUGCAGAUGGACGGCGUGGGCAAGGACUCGACUGGCGUCCUGGUGCUCGGCGCUACGAACAUCCCCUGGCAGCUCGACGCCGCCAUUCGCCGCCGCUUCCAGCGCCGCGUGCACAUCUCUCUACCCGACACCGCCGCCAGGACGACCAUGUUCAAAAUCGCCGUGGGCGACACCAAGACGAGCCUCAAGAGCGAGGACUACCGCGAGCUGGCCAAGCUGAGCGAGGGCUACAGCGGCAGUGAUAUCGCCGUCGCUGUGCAGGAUGCGCUGAUGCAGCCCGUGCGAAAGAUCCAGCAAGCGACGCACUUCAAGCCAGUCACGGUGGACGGCGAGAAAAAGGUCACCCCUUGCUCCCCAGGCGAGCCCGACGCGAUAGAGAUGACAUGGGAGGACGUCAGCACCGAUGAGCUCCUUGAGCCUAUCGUCGACUUCAAGGACUUUAUCAAGUCCGUCAAGUCGUCAAGACCGACCGUCUCGCAGGAGGAUCUGACAAGGAACGCGGAGUGGACAAACGAAUUCGGCAGUGAGGGCGCAUAGAAGAAGGGAAAGAAAAGCGGCAGGAUCCCAAAAAUAAGCAGGAGGGGGGAGGGGGUCAAACGGCGACCAACUGGGCAUCAAUCACAAAGUGUCGGGCGUGCGGCCAGUGGUGAUAUACGAUACCUUAUAACCUGACUGAAGCAAGCAAGCAGACUCAGGGCGUCAAGGCGUUUUCUUUUACUUUUUUAUGUUACAAUUUCUUUUAUGCAUAGGAACAGGAUGAAUGGGGUGGGUGGAAAUGGAAGAGGGUAAGGAUAGCUUUGCGCAUAGUUGGGGGAAAAAGCGUCUUGUUUGUAGAUACGCUGUGGAAUGACAGUAGUUCUGAACCG